AUGAAAAAUUGGGACGAAACUAACAAUCAAAUUGCUCAUCAUAAGAAGCUGAGAGCAGCCAAACCUAUGAUUAGCUCCAAUGUGAGACACACAAAAAAUCACAAAUCAGCUAAAACAACAGUCAAUAGGAAGACCCCUCUUUGUACACAAAAGUAUUUCUCACCAGAGAAUUUAUCCAAAGCUCCAGUUAAUUUCCCUACAGGAAAACAGGAGCUUAGAGGUAAAAACUUGUUCCCAAUUAAUCAUGAAGUGCAAGGAGGAGGAUACAUAGAAGAUAAAGAACUUGGAAUUGAGGGGACAAACUCCUUCAUGAACUCCACAGGCAACCCUUCAUCUAGCUCAACUAAUGCCUCUUCAUUUCCAUUAUCUGGAAGUACGAAUAAGGUGCAAACCUUGCCAAUUUUCAAGCUGUUGCAAGUCUUUAAACUCCAACAAUAUGCUAAAACAUUUGCUGAUCUGGGUCACGGGUUUGAAGUGUAUAAAAUAGCUCUCCUUCUUCCCAAACAGAGACACGAAUUACUAAGAAAACUUAACCUAAUGCCAGGACAUCGAGCAAGAUUUCUCAGCUUAUUUGAAAUAGUAGAUCAAAUAUAUCCGAAAGAAGAGAAAUUCAGAAUGCUCCAAAACUCUAAAAAAGUUACUAAGAGUCGUCCUGAUACUGUCAUAAAUCCUGCCAAGUACUAUAGUAAUCCUGAUGUCUCUAAAAGACCAAUUAAGAAGAAGAGGACAUUAAUGAAGCAGUACAACAUGCUGGAUAAGAAGGCCAAGCAAGACAUAAAUGACAAGUUUAUCAAAAGAAUCAAGGAGAAUAGGAUCUCCUCUGCGCAGGUUUCCCAGGGUAUUAGUAUCCAGAAUGUACUUGAAAAGCAUGUAUCUAAGGCUAAGACUAGGAAAGCAAUGAAGAAAAUAUUCCCUCCUUCCCUCUACGAAAAAUAUCACACUGAUGGGAGUUCUAACUCAAGAUCAAGAUCGAAGAAGAGAAUGUCCUCUGCGAAAAAUCGUCGGAAAGUUCAUAAUGCUGUGAAAAGGAAUAAACUGCCACCUUUACCAGAGGCGCUACCUAAAAGCCAAAAAUAUGUAGGAACAAAUAUUAAGUCCAAUGCCUUUGAAAUUCAAAGGAACUCAUCAGGAGUAACCACUAAAAGUUCGGUAGCAGGUAGAAGGAGUCACCAUAGUCAACAGAGAAGGAAGGAGGAUUUUGAUGUUCGACCAAUGUCUGCUACGAAGUACUCUAUUCAUUCCACAAAUCAGACUAGACAAGUAAAGUCAGGAAGUAAAGCGAGGAACCAUUCUGAAGAUCGCAGAGUAAAAACAAGGAAGCCUCAUAGCCUAACGAGAGAGAAAUCUAAAGGUAGGAAACAAAGAACCGCUGCCAAUCGUAACAGAAGUAAAUACUCAAAGAAUAGCAAGAGCAAGAGUGGUAGUAGAAAAUAUAGAAAAAUUGGAUCUAGAGAGGCGGUUCUCUCAACAUCUUCUGCAUCUAACGCAGGAAGGCUAAUUAGUAGUGCUUCUAAUAGUGAUAAAAGAUCAUCUUAUAAAACUAGCAUAAGCCAGGUUAAUGCUCAAGUUCAGAAAUUAGAACGCAUUGAAGAGAAGCCAAGAAAGAAUUAUCCAAAUAAGGAUCUUCAAAAUUUGAUUAACCAAAGAAAAGACCCUAGGCUCCCUCAACAGAAGGAGCAGAACCUAAGGUCCGAAAGAAGAGUUACUUCUAAGGAGUGUAAAGGGAAUAUCUCAAACACCUACACAACAAUUAAAGGAGAAAGUGCUGAUAAGGACCAAAGUGAGAUCCUUAACAAAUUUGGCAGUGCUUUCACAGAUUCGGAUAAAAACAUGAGCCAUCGCCACCCUGGAAACUCUGAGAAUCCUGAAAAGAAAUCAGGGUUGCCGAGUAUGAAUGAUAAAAGUUACCAAAAUUCCUCAGAUGAGAAGAUAAAAAUGAAGAAAGUUGACUCUCAUGGAACUGUACAGCUCGAGUUUAUUGAAAACAACAAUGGUAAAUUUGAUGAAAGGAAAGAUUCUAAACCUGCAAUCCAUUUGAGCCAUUCAUAUUACGACUCUGAUUUUACAUCUGAAGAUUCAAAAGUAAUGAUGGACAAUUCUGAAUUAAAGGAUGAUAGUAAUCCCAGCGGAAACAAUACUUCAGAAAAGAAAGAUACAAGUAAAAGCACUGUGGAGAAGACUGACAAUAAACCUCAAGAGCAAGAAAUAUCACAAAUAAGCCAAAGUGUAACAAAAAGAAAGAAAGAAGAGCUUAAAACUCCUCAGAUUACUCCAAAAAUGGCGCAGAAGCCACCUCGAACUCCUACUGAUAGCUUUAGAUCAAGUGUCGCAACUCCCAAAGCUUCUCAAGAUGCUCCUUCGAACACUUCAGAGCCUAGAGAUGAUCAUCAGGAAGCUGUUGGCUUACCUGAAGCUAAAUCCUCUCCUUUGCUUCUGAAAUCAGAAAAGGAAUCAGCUUUGGAUUACUUCCAAAGUCUUGAUUCCAAGAAAGUCGAUGAAGCAAUUACAUAUGUAGAUGUUGAGAACAUCUGCAUGUGUCUAGCACAUGCAAUUCUUAAGCACAUAGAAUUCUCUCAAGGUGAAGUUUUGAUAGAUGACCUUGUCUCUGAAGAAGAGGAUAUUCCUCAAUUCUCAUAUGAAUUUGGAGAGGAUCUCAGGAUUGACCUUGAAGAAAUUCAGCAAAAGAAGGAAAUGGAGCAAUGAGAAGCUCAAGUUAAGAAUAUCGAGAAUUUUAACAAGAUGGAAUUCUUUAUGAAUAAUGAUGCAAAUAAUAUGCAAGCUGUAGAAAAUGGUCAUGUAUUUGAUUACCAAUUACAGCCUCUAGAAGAAGGGUCUCCAGGAGGGUCCUUGCUAGGAGAAUUACCUCCUUUAAACCCUAUUAAUCCUCAAUCAGUCGGAAGCAAGUUUUCCUCACAUGGAGUUCUCAAUCCAAAUCAAGACCUAAAUGACGAUCAACCACCAACAACAGAAGGAUACAACUACUCUCUGGUGCAAAUGGAUGAUUUUCUCAAAGACCAGGGAUUAUUUGGAAAAGAUUCUACCAAUCUAGUGAACAACUACUAUGCAAGUCUUUCAAUGAUGGCACCUCAAAAACCACAUUUCUUACCCCCUCCAGAGCUAGGAAUGAUAGAAAGCCUGGGAAGUUUUGAAAAUUCUUCAAAAUAUCCUGGUUCAGUAUUCACAAACAAGAAAUCUCUAGUUGAUUCGCAUAGUAAGCCACCUAGCUCUGCUAAAACAAUGAGGUCUAACAUCUCGAGAGAGAAGGAUAUUUCUGAAAUGAAAUCUCUGGAUUCUGAUAAAAUUACAAAUAUUGAGGAAGAGCCAAAAGCUGAUGAGAUCCCUUCUCCAUCUGAUAGUAACAACUUUAGACCAAAUUCAGCUAGUUUAGAAGAAAAGAUAAUUGGAUCAAAGGAAGAGACUAAGAGUGAUAAAGAUCCAGAAGACGAGCAUGCCGUAUCACAGGAGAGUUACUAUCAGCUAGAAGACAUUACUAAGGAAGGCCUCCAGAAGUUCCUCAAGGACUCAAUGCUAACCUUUAAUGAAAGAUAUUCCAUUGCUAAGCAAAAGAUUGAAGAAGAUGUCGAAAUUGUUGAUCCAUCUUUUGACCUUAUUUACAAAUACUGUAAGUACGUUGUGAUUGCCUCGAAAAUGGAAAAAGAAAUUCCCAUACUAGCACUAGUCUACCUCGAGAGAUUGGUCACCAGAACUGGAGUACUUAUGAACAAACUUAAUUGGAGAAGACUUAUCCUCACAACUCUUUGAGUAGCAUCAAAAAUUUGGGAUGAUGACUCACUUGAGAACGAGCACUUCCCAAAAGUAAUGAGGGAUGUCACUCUUCAAGAAAUCAAUACCUUUGAACGUAUUUUGCUCGAUCUGAUAGGAUAUGACCUUGUAAUCAGAGGGGCUGAAUAUGCUCGAUAUUACUUCAUCUUAAGAACAAUAGCUCAAAACCAUGACAUCAAAAUGCCAUUGCAGCCCCUUAAUGCUGCUAAGGUUAUGAAACUGCAGCAGAGUACUAAUGAUUUCGAGAUACAAUUACGAAAUCUCAAAAAGAAGAGCAAUUUCUCUCAAUCAAUGUAACCUAUCUUGCUACUUUAGCGAACCAAGGAGUGGUUUUUGGUCAGGUAUUCAUCAUCGAGUCAAUUAAAAUAACUUAGAUUGCAAUAAAAAACUCG